GUGGCAGAAUGAACAUCCGAAGCAUGGAGUGAAGUUGAAACACAUCUCAGCACUGGUAUAUUGGUUUAUUUGAUGAGGUUUUUUGGUCAGACAUGGGUAAUGCUGUGCACCGUCCAGGACUAACACCAAGCAGACAACAGAGACCUACCGCUCUAGACAGCAGCCCAGGAGGUAGUGACGUGGACUAUCUUUCCUCCUCAGAUCUGGAUCAGGUAACGCUGAUGACACUGUCUGACUACCCGUCAGCUGACAUCUGUGAGCCCAUCUUCAGAGUGGGAGAGCAGCUCAGACUGGUGUCAGAGGAGAGCUACAGAUGGAAGGUGCGUUCACUACUGACUAAAGAAGAAAACUACAUUCCCCAUACCCAUGUGGCCAAAGUCUACCACGGAUGGCUAUUUGAGGGCGUGAACCGAGUGCAGGCGGAACAACUCCUCGGUCUCCCUGGAAACAGAGUGGGCUCCUUCCUCAUCAGGGAGAGCGGAAGAGGCAUGUACACUCUUUCCAUCCGACACAGAGCGGUGAAGCAUUACCGCAUCAACCGUCUGCCAAACAACUGGUACUACAUCUCCCCGAGCCUCACCUUCCAGUGCUUAGAGGACCUGGUCAACCACUACUCUGACACGGCUGACGGAUUGUGCUGUGUUCUCACCGGUCCCUGCAUGCGGACAUUUGACUGUCCCUGGACACAGCUGAACUCGGCCCCGCCAGUGGACAACCCACACAGCUUUGACUGGAAAUACGUCAACAGCUCGGAGCUGCUGCAAGACGAGGCCGAUCCCGGGCGCCGCCGCGGCAGCGAGCCGGACUCCAGGGUCAGCUACGGCGUCCAGAGCAGCGUGAGCUCCUACCUGUCGCUGGCCGGCGCGCAGGAGACCAAGCGCCACAGCUGGAAGCGCCGCCGAGGCCGCUCCGUCUACGUGCUGCAGCAGUCCCACCUGAGGAGCAGGCUGGCCGUGGAGGAGGACAGCUACGAGAGCCUGUCUCAGUGAAGGCGCGGCACACACACACCUGAGCCUGUGCCUGUGCGGCAGCGAGAGCACACCUGAGAGCGCUCAGUGGUGGGGGAUGAGAGUGGGAGGACUCGAGGGAUAAGAGGACUGAGACCGAGACAGAAAGACUGCCUGAAGUGAUGCAAUAAAAAGAGGACACUUGAUGGGAAUAGGCCAUCUGAUGCGCAAACAUUAUUCACAUAAAAUGAGAUCGAAACUUUAUACUGUGGGCUAAUGGAAAUCUCUCUAUUGCUUGCAAAGUGUUGUGUAUCAUUGUACUUUGCCUUCUCAUGACGUAUACGCGUUAAGUGUUAACCAAAGUAAAAGGCGAGGAUCACACUGACCAGUGGCAAUAGCAGUAAAAGUGGCAGAUUUGCUUUCUUUUCAGUGAUCCCCCCCACCUCAGCGUUGAGAGAGAGAGAGAGAGAGAGAGAGAGAUAGAGGAAGAGAGAGAGAAAGAUAGAAAUAGAGAGAGAUAGAGAGAGAGAAAGAUAGAUAGACAGAGAUAGAGAGAGAGAGAGAGAGAGAGAAAGAUAGAUAGACAGAGAUAGGGAGAGAGAGAUAGAGAGAUAGAGAGAGAGAGAGAUAGAUAGAGAGAAAGAGAGAGAGGUGUGAGUAGAGGGAGGUGUCAGUCUCACCAUGAGGAGCACUCUCUGGAACAGGCCAGAGGUGGACGAGGAGGUCAGGUGGAG